UUCAGGGUUUUGAUGGUUCUUGAAGAAUGAUUCUAAAUAUGUUACAAGACUUUAUGAACGGAAAUAAUUGUGGCUUGAAUAUAGAAAAUGCGCGAAAAUGGCUGACUAUAUAUUCUGUUGACUCUCAAUUUGAAUAUACUCUGUCGGAAUUGAGAGAACUACUGAAUUCUCCAGACUUCCAGAUUUUUGUUAACGAUGCUGUCGUUUUUGAUGAAAACUUGUGUUUAGAGUUAUUAUCAAAAUGUUUACCGGAAAUGGUAUCCAUUAUUGUGUCCACAAUUUUCUGUGAAAAGUUAUGUUUGCACAUUUUAAAAAAUUUGAAGCAUAGUGAAUCGGAAAUGGAAAAUGAGGCGACACUACAGAGGCUGAGAUUACUAUCUGGAAAAUUAAAGUUGCCGGUGUCCGCGGACGUCGUCAUUGUAGCAGUAAGGAAUACGAGCAAGUAUUUCGAGUUAUAUAGUAAGAUUAUGGCGCUGUUUCCAUUACCUGAAGUGUGCGAUUACAUCCUUGGUCAAUAUCCAAAAGAAUUCAAUUUCUGGAACUUAUUUUUCAAAUACUUUUUCUCUGAUAACACAUCUACCGACAAAAGACUGUUAAUUUACCUACUGAGUGAAAUUUUUUAUGCAGCAAAUAAGGUGACGGAGAAGUCGACCCAUUGGGGUCUUUGCUCUUCAGAUAAGACGCUGAGAAAAAAAUAUUCAGAACUCAGUUUGAGCUUGCAACAGUGUGCUUCAAGCACUGUUGACGAACACCUUAUUGAAGCGGCAAAUAUUUUACCGUUAGUUAAUUCUGGAAAAAUGGGCGUGCAAUGGUUUUUGUUGCUGCUAGACAUUAUUUUAGCGAAUCACAGCGCAUCCGUCGUUCGUCAAAGUUUGCGGCUGUUCUCUGAAAUUGAUUGGGAUCACCUUAUGAUUAGUGAAACUGAAUUCGAUAUCAUAGAAAAAUUUCUUCGUAAUUCUAUAUGUACAGCCGCUAUGAAGCAGAGUGUUUUUGAAACUUCUCCAAUGGCUUCCGAAAUUAUCAAACCACUAGAAUCAAUAUGUCUCAGAAGUUCUUAUUGUUUGGUUUCUACAUGGGAUCUAGUUAUUAAAUACAGUGGUAACUACGUCACUAAAUUACAUUACUUACAAUUAUUUAUAAACUGUGGGUUAAAAGGCCAGAAGUUGACAUUGAACCGCGAUAAUUUAGUAUCGCUGCGUGAAUGCAUUGCUUCGUAUUCUUGCAUAGCCGAACCUCUGCGAAGUGCCUUACUUUCUGCUUCUUUGUUUUGUGGACAGAUUGUGUUUGAUUGGCGUGGUGUAGAUUUCGCGCUAUUUGAGUUCUUUCUCUCAAUUUUCAAAUUUUUUGAUUUUGACUUGUGGAUAAUCUUAUCAAAGUCUCAAAUUACUGCUAGAGUUGUAAAAUCUCUCUCAAAUGUUUCUACUGUCGACAUAGAUUUAGAAAUAUUGCCAUUCAAAAAUUAUACUGAUUAUGACUGGGAGCUCCGAUUGAGAAAUCAAGUCAAUACCUUACAUCAGAAGAAAGAUCACAAUGAUGAAACUGCUGUCGAUGAAAAUUUUAUCGAUAUAAAUUUUAUACAGUCGCUCUGUGGCAAAUGUGACGAUGAAAAAGACUUCGCAUUAUUUCAAAGCUUCCUUAGACAAAACUACUCGGAAACAAUCGAUAAACAGUUGUCAAGGGUGUGUUCAGUCCUUGAAGAAAAGAACCAAGAAAGUCUUGAGUGGGUAGCAGUUUUAAUUAGCUCAAUUGAGCUCACACCAGGCUUGGAUGCUCAGAGUGUGUGUGACAUUUUGAACUUUCUAGUCAAUAAGAUCUCUUUAUGUAAAAGUUCAAGGAGGCAGUAUCUGCGAAAUCAAAUUUUGUCAACAUAUCAAUGGAAAUCAGUUGCCAAAAUAAUCAGUUUUUUCAAAAGCUUGGGAAUUCAAGACCAGCAAAGUUUCCGAGACUCGGAGAAAAAGUUGAUUGUAGUUGCCUCUGAUGUGUUGGAAUCAGCACCUUUACUGCUGGUGGACGGCAUCUUGAUGUGUUUAGAAACUUGCGAGGAACUUUAUUCAGAAGUAAAGGCUUUUGAAGAGCUUUGCAAUCUGGCUGUUAACAGCUGUGUCUUGUACUGCAGAAAAGAAGCAGGUUCUGAUGGCUUCUACAGAGCAUUCGGAAGCUUCAUCGGAAUGGCUUUCAGUUCGAAGUGCAUCGGUGACCAGAACUUAGCAGCUACCGUUCAGAGAUGCGCAGAAGUGAUACUGAAGGACUGCAGAGCCUUUUCAGUUUUGACAUUUGCGAACCAUAUUGCUGAUACUCUACUGAAUAUGGCAAAAAACGAGCCCUCCAAGCUUGAAAAUUUUUUUGAACUGCAUCAUUCAUGGCUUAUUCAUUUAAUGACCAGCUACUCCCUUCGUCUGGGCUAUGAAGUAAUGGUCCCUGUGUUACUCCACGAAGAGUUCGAAAUGGUCAUUGGUACUGUACCCGUAAAACAGAUUCUGGACCAAUUCACAAGCAUGCAUACACCUCGAGAAAACAUCCAUGAAAUUCUUGGUAUGUUCGCUGGAAAGAGCAGUUCUGAAAAGAUUUGCAAUCUGGUUAUAGAGUUUCUGAAGUUUGACGUUGAACUAGUCUCUUCGCUGACAACACACCAACAUGUCAAUUCCUUCAUUCACCAGCAGAGGUUCAGGCUUUGGAGCUGUGUUUGCAGAUUAAUCGAAUCUUUUCCAUCUAUCCCAACAAAUGAAGAUUUUGUGAUUGACGCGAGAGAUAAAAUCUUGGAAAUCUUAAGAAAUGACCAAUCUGAUCCGUCGCUGAGAGUUUUCAUGGAAAUUUCACUGUCGUUCUUACUACCUUGGAAUUUAUGGGACUGGGUUGGACUUCGGAACCUGGAAGCAAAAUCGUCCACAUUUGUGUGCUCUAUCAUACAUUCAAUUGGCUUCAAAUAUUUGUUUCUAUCAAAUUUCAAUUGUUUUGAAAGUAUCAGCAACAAUUUGCAGUCUUUAUUCACCUUUUUGAGUUCCUGGGCGACCGUUAGUCAUAAUAGUAUUCGUUUAUCUGCUCAAGCUUUUUUGAUAAGGAUUUGGGAAACGGUCACCGAAGAAUCAUCGCCUGAAAACAAAAAUCUUGUCUUAAAUACUGGGUUGGAGAUUCAGUUUUCUUUCAUUGACAAAAUGAUUGCUUUCUGGAAGUGUCACGAAAAACUCAAACUAGCCAUUGAGAAGAACGCACAUGUGAUGACUUACUACGAAGAUUUGUUCUCUAAAAGAAGAAGUAGCCACGAGGAAAAUUACUUAAAAAAGAUAUCUUUCAGCGAUAUUUACAAGUGUAUCACUAAAAGGUAUGCAGUUGAAGAUGAAAUUGAAGGCUUGAAACCAAAUGAGAAAAAAGUCUCUAAACCGAAAGAACCAAACAAGAAAAACGGUCUGGAUUUAUUAGAUAUAUCAUGUACGUCUCAAUUGAAACCAGUGGCUGAUUUAGACUUAGCAGCUGUGUUUUCCAAGGAACGAAAAUUGAUGGAUGUCAAAAUACAUAAGAAUUUGCACGAGAUUAAGCGUCCGGGCAACUUGAUUCUGAUUGCUUCUUUGUUGGAGAAGAUGACGAAUCUUGGAGGACUGUCUCGCACAGCUGAGGUGCAGGGUGUGGAGAAAUUGGUGGUGCACAGUGUGAAGGCGUGUGAGAUGAGUGGGGAUUUCGUGAAUCUGAGUGUGACUGCCCACAAGUGGCUCCCAAUGGAGGAAGUGAAGAGUUUCCAUCUGAGACCAUACCUCACAUCACUCAUCGGACAGGGAUACACUCUCAUUGCACUAGAGCAAAGCAACAAGUCUAUCCCUCUUCAAUCUUACACUUUUCCCCAGAAGUCUGCAGUGCUUCUAGGCAAUGAGAAGUUCGGAGUUCCUGGUGAUCUACUAGAGUUCUGCUCCACUCACCUGGAGAUCCCACAAGCAGGAAUCAUCAGGUCUCUCAACGUUCACGUUGCAGCAUCACUCCUUGUAUGGGAAUACUCGAAGCAGAACGUACACACUGCCUAAAACUUUUAUUCAAUGUUAGCUUAUUUUAAAUAGCUAUGUAUUUGCUAUUUGUAUGGUUUUGGUGCUUAAUGGAACUUUCAAAAUAUAUUUUUUUCAUUGCCAUUGAGCAGGAAGCUAUGAGAUGGAGGGACAAG